AUGUCUCUUGAUAACAGCAUCACUACCGAGGGCAACCCAUCAUGUCGCCGAUUGUCCAACGUUUCCGCCUCUCGGGCCGAUCUCUUUGGUGGCCCGAAUGUCCUGGUGCCUCCAAAACAUCUCAUGGCUUCCAGUGACGCCGCAGAAAUCGCCAUGGAGAUGGAAAUGGCCAAACAGCACUUAGAAGAUGAGAGCUCCUCAGCAGAGGCAUCUCCUCGAGCUGGCUCGCCUGUCACAACCCCUCUUAUUCCUGCCUCUACCACCACCACUGAUGAAUUUGCCUUGGCCUUCGAUAUUGACGGGGUCCUCAUUAGAGGCGGACAGCCCAUUCCCGCCGCUAUUGACGCCCUCAAGUACAUCAACGGAGCUAAUCCGUAUGGUAUCAAAGUUCCUUACAUUUUUGUGACAAACGGUGGUGGAAAGACAGAGGAGGAGCGAUGCAUAGAUCUCAGCCGACAACUUGAACUGGAAGUCUCUCCUGGCCAGUUUAUUUGCGGCCACACCCCCAUGAGGGAAAUGGCUGCCAAGUACAACACUGUUCUGGUUGUUGGAGGCGAAGGAGAGAAAUGCAGAGUUGUAGCUGAAGGCUACGGUUUUAAGGAUGUCGUCACCCCCGGAGACAUCAUCAAGACCCGGCACGACACCACUCCAUUCCGAAAACUGACCGAGGAGGAGUACAGGAACUCCAGAGUCCGAGAUUUCAGCAAGAUCCAAAUCGAAGCGGUCUUCGUCUUUGCCGAUAGCCGCGAUUGGGCUGGUGACCAGCAGAUCAUUCUGGACGUUUUGAUGUCCAAGAACGGCCGCCUGGACGAACGCUCCGAGACCUUCGACGAAGGCCCUCCCAUCUUUUUCUCCCACAACGACGUGGUUUGGUCAACUUCCCACGAACACUCCCGCAUUGGCAUGGGCGCCCUUCGUGCCUCCUUGGAAGCCCUAUAUAAAGCAGUGACCGGCAAGGAAUUGACCACGAUCGCCUUCGGCAAACCACAACUCGGAACCUUUGAAUUCGCCACCCGGCUCCUCCGUCAGUGGCGCAAAGAUACCCACAGCAUCGACAAUCCCCCUCAAACUGUGUAUUUUGUGGGCGAUACCCCCGAAUCGGACAUUCGUGGCACCAACGAGUUUAACGAGAUCAGCGAGGCCACCUGGUUCUCGAUCCUUGUCAAGACCGGUGUUUAUCAAGAGGGCACUAUUCCCCGCUACCCUCCUAAGAAAACUUGCGAGACCGUUCUCGACGCCGUCAAGUUCGCAAUCGAUCGCGAGCUUACUCAGAAGCCAACUCCAUCCGGAAAUGGGGCAGUCCGUAACUGA